AUGGCCCCAGACAAAUCUCCGGGUCCGGAUGGUUUCUCUCCGGCUUUUUUUCAGCAUUUUUGGAAGGAAAUUGGGGUUGAUGUCUCGCGGUUCAUCAUAGAUUGUAUUGAAGGUAAUCAUUUUUCAGAUGGGAUGAACGAUGCCAUAAUCACUUUGAUUCCCAAAAAAACCUCUCUCGUAUCUAUGAGCGAGCUCCGCCCUAUAGCUCUAUGUAAUGUUCUCUAUAAGAUUAUUUCCAAGAUGCUUGCUAAUAGGCUGAAAAUGGUGCUGGAAAGGAUUAUAUCUCCCGCUCAAAGUGCGUUCUUGUCGGGUCGUCUUAUUACGGAUAAUGUACUUGUAGCGUCAGAAGUAAUCCAUUUUUUAAACCGUAAGCGGCAAGGCCGGGAUGGUUGGUGUGCCCUAAAACUUGACAUGGCAAAGGCGUACGACAAAAUGGAGUGGUCAUUUCUUCAUGCAAUGAUGACAUGGCUGGGUUUUGAUAGUAAAUGGAUAGACAUUAUUCUCCGGUGUGUCACUACGGUUCGGUAUAAGGUCGGAAUAAACGGGAACUUAUCUGAGUAUAUUCUUCCUUCAUGUGGAUUGAGGCAAUGUGAUCCCUUAUCUCCUUAUUUGUUCAUUUUGUGUGCGGAAGGUCUGUCCUAUUUGUUAACGAGGGCAGUCCAAAGAAAUGAAAUAUCACCAUGCAUAGUAGCCAGAGGUGCGCCGCGAAUUUCCCACUUGUUUUUCGCAGAUGACUCUUUGUUAUUUUUUAAGGCUACUGUUUUGGAAGCUACUUUUGUGAAAAAUUGUCUCAGCCACUAUGAGUUGGCCUCUGGGCAGGUGGUGAACUACACUAAGUCGUGUGCUAUUUUCAGCAAAAACACGACAGAGGACUGUAAGGAACAAGUAGCGGGAGUUUUUAACGUGCCUUACUCUAACAACAUUGGGAAAUAUCUUGGGUUACCGGUGGGCAUUGGUCGAAAUAAAAAAGAGGUCUUCUCUUUUAUUGAGGCAAAGUUGGCACAACGUGUUGGGGGGUGGAAUAAAAAGAUUCUAUCUAGAGCUGGGAAAGAAGUUCUAUUAAAGAGUGUCGCCCAAGCACUCCCUACAUACACGAUGAGUAUUUAUUUCUUACCGACUACCUUUUGUGAAAGACUUGAGCGAAACAUGAACAAGUUUUGGUGGGGAGUGAAAAGCAGGAAUGGUGGUGGCAUAAGGUGGAUGUCCUGGGGACGUAUGUGCUAUCCGAAAUCUUGUGGUGGUAUGGGUUUUAAAAAGCUGAGUAGCUUUAAUCUGGCUUUACUAGCCAAGCAAGGAUGGCGUCUUUUAACGAAUCCUAAUUCUUUGGUGGCUCGCUUAUACAAAGCAAGACGCAUUGGAAAUGGAGCCUCAAUACUGGUAUGGAACCACCCAUGGCUACCGUGUAAUGAGGACCCUUUCAUAAGCUCUGAGAUGCAUGCAGGCAGUGCUAAUAUGAAGGUCAUUGAACUCAUAAAACAGGAAACUCAAGAUUGGGAUGUAGCAUUAUUACAUAAUCUGUUUGAAGCACGUGAUGUAGAGCUUAUUAAGAAGAUCCCCCUGGCAACACAAUUUGAGGAUCAGUGGUGUUGGCGAGGGGAUUUGCGAGGCAUGUAUACAGUUAGGCAGGGUUACCGACUACUGACUGAAGAAAUAUAUGGUGAAAAUAAUUAUAACGAGUGGGCUGUUAUUUGGAGUUUAAAAAUUCCUCCCAAUAUCCGAAACUUUCUAUGGAGAUGCUUACAUGGUAUAUUACCAACAAUGAAGGCCCUAGCUGAUCGACAUCUGAGUGUGGUUGGUUUAUGUCCUUUAUGCCAUCAACAGGUGGAGUCCUUAAAGCAUGUUAUGUGUGAUUGUGUUCAGGUUUCCAGGUUAUGGGAUGAUAUGCCGGCUGUCCAGUUGCCUAGCUCUGAGGAGGAUUUCAGUAGUUGGUUUUUCUCCAGAUUGGUAACUUAUGAGUUGCAUGUGCUGUUACGAUGUGUGGCCACCAUGUGGUGCAUCUGGAGGGAGAGGAACAACGUGGUCUGGAACCAAAAGCCUUGGAGUUGCUCGGCUGUUUAUCAUGAGGUGCAGAGGUUAUUGAAUGACUGGAGUGAUAUGGACUGCUCACGUAGUACUGCAGCUUCACAAAUUAGGAACGGUGGACUCAAUGUGAUCGCUAAUCAUCUGUCUUUGGUUCAAGAGGAUGGCUUCGCAAUUUAUACAGAUGCUGCAGUGUUCGUAGAAAGGGAUUUUGCUAGCUUUGGAGUGGUGAUUAUGGAUAAGUUGGGCAAUGUCGUGGCUGCCAAGAAUGGGCCGGUGCGGUGCUUAAACGAUGUAAACUUGGCGGAGGCAAUUGCCAUCAAGGAAGCACUAUCUUGGGCUUAUGAUCGAAGGAUGACAAAGGUGGCGGUCUUCUCGGAUUGCCAAACUGUUUGUAAUGCAAUUAAUGGCAUGGCUUUGGACUAUUAA